AUGGACGAGAGAAGUUUUUGGCCUAGUGUGGUUUAUUCUCUCAAAACCACAAAGCCACUUGUCGAAGUGUUGAGGAUUGUUGAUGGUGAGCAAUCACCAGCUAUGGCUUUUAUUUACGGUGCGAUGGAUGAGUGCAAAGAAAAAAUUGCUAAGAACUUUGAUAAUGAAGUCUCUUCUUAUAAUGAGAUUUGGGAUAUCAUUGAUGAAAAAUGGGAACAUCAAAUGCAUAGGGAUUUGCAUGCAGCUGCCUACUACUUGAAUCCUCAAUUUAAAUGGAGUCCUAAUGUUUCCCAGCAUCCGGAAAUUAAGAGAGGAUUGUACAAUUGCAUGGACAGAUUAAUCAAGAGUAAUGAUAUUUAUAUGAAGAUCGAAGCUCAACUUGAUGACUACAAAUACAAAAAAGGAAUGUUUGGAUGUAGAGCUUCUUUGAAUUCAUAUAUGAAGCGUGUUCCUGUCACAUGGUGGGGCCAUUAUGGAGAUGAAGUUCCAGAACUACAGGCCUUUGCAAUGAAGAUAUUGGGUUUUACUUUUUCGGCUUCGUCGUGUGAACGAAACUGGAGUACGUUUAAUCAAGUUCAUACAAAAAGAAGAAACCGAUUGAGCAUGUAACACCGUAAAUUUCAAAACAAAAUUUUCAAUUUUUAUAAAACAUAAUUCACUUAAUAUUCAUAAAACAACCAUAUUUGAACAUUCAAUCCAAUCAAUACAAAAAUCCCAAGAUCUCAAAAUCAUAAAUCCCAUGUGUGUGUACGGAUCAAGCCGACACCUUCCCACGAUCGUCACUAGUACCUGAAACAAAUAACACCAAACAAGGUAAGCACAAAGCUUAGUGAGUUCCCCAAAAUACAACAUAUAACACAUAUUAGCCACUCAAGGCUAUAACUCUGUGGGU